GCCACCUCGAAAAGCAAAGCUGAACAGGUAAAGGAAACGACGAUACGAAUUGUUCGUCCGCGCUCCUGCCCGUGCCACUCGAAUCCUCAUCGACAAUACCUUAGCCCAACACGCCUCGGCUCUCCUCGCACGCGAACCUGGCUCAACUGCCCUGACGUCUUCGGGCCGUCACGCUGGGCCCAGAUCUACACGCCUAGUCCUCGCACCCUUCUUCAAGAUGCCCCUAGUGAUGGUCGACUCCAAGGCACAGAGAGCCGCCUAACGUCGCACCUCUGCAAAUCGGUGAGGAUCAAUUCGAGACGGAGCGAGAUCGACAAAAGGACUCAGGCCCGGAAGACGCUUCUUCUGCUCCACUGCUUCCAAAGUUCCGUACCAAGGAUGACGGCCGCCAAUUCCUUGGUAAUAACCUAG